CUAAACUGUCAUCUAGUGCCCCCAUGUGGCAAUGAAAGCAAGUGGAGUAUUGUCGGCAGCGAACAGACGACCUGCUGGGUAAACAACAGUGGACGACUGGAGAAGCAGGGAUGGGAACUUCGUCGAGGGCUAACAGUGUUGUGAGAUGAAGUGGUUCGAAGCAUAGGAAGUGCUGUGUGCCUAUUCACUCUUGUUAGCUUGGUCAGGACAGACCUGCCACUAUGAAGAGUGAGGUGCCAUCCGAGCCCUCCAGCAGACAGGAGCAUCUGAAGGAGCCUCUGGUGAACCCGGAGCCCAUGGAAGCAGCCAAGAGUUUCCCUAGCAACAUGGAGGUGAUAGGAAUGGCAGACAGCGAAUUUGCAACUCUGUGCUCAGAAUCCAGGCAUCGGACAUUGAGGGACACGGGGGCUCACAAGGACUCAGAGAGAGGGCGUCGAAAAAGAAAAGUCCAACAGGCUGGACCGUCUGACUGUUCGCUCAAAGUGGGCCAUUUUAGUGAGACUUCUGUGGCCCCCCAGCGUCCCAGGGAAGAACUUUUACAGCACUCUAGUGAGGAUGAACGCAAUCACGAGUCAUCGUUUAGUGACUGUGCGUCAUCGCCUUCCUCCAGCUUACGAUUUGGUGACUCGGACACACUCAGUUCUGAGGAGGACGGGGAAGCUGGACCCACUGGGGGCCAGCAAAAAACACCUGUCCUGACAACUGGAGCCACUGGAGUUAGUCUUCGCCCUGUUGUGGGCCGAACGAGGCGGACCCGCUCACACAAAUGGGUGCGGCCUGAAGCAGAGUCGGUGUUGCUGAAACGCCCAUGUUUGAGCAGUCGGCGGCCUCUACAUAGGAAACGAUUUGUGAAAUCUGUUCCUGGGGGAGGGCAGCGUACGCAGAAGCAAAAGGAGCGACUACUACUGCAGAGGAAGAAACGAGAAGUGAUUGCACGUCGAAAAUAUGCUUUACUCAAUAGCACAAGUAGUUCUAGUGAGGAGCUGAGCAGCGGGUCAUCCUCCCCCUCCUCGACUGAAGCAGAGGAUGAACUGUACGUGGAUGUCAGCAGUACCAGCAGCCAGCCCAACAGUGCUGCUGUAGCCACAGGUGCUCUGGAUGAAGACGUGGUUGUGAUUGAGGCUACUCCAGCUCCAGCACCUGCUGUCCCCGCCAGUGAGGAGAUCAACGUCACCUCGACAGACAGUGAGGUGGAGAUCGUCACAGUUGGAGAUGGUUUUAGGUCGCGUUCCCUGGGGGGUCUUGGCAGGUUAUGGGCUAACAGUUGCUCACAGAAUCGUCUCCAGGACUCUCGAGGAAGACACCGAUUGUCGACCGUCAUCCAGCCGCUGCGUCAGAAUUCCGGGGAGGUGGUGGAUCUAACUGUGGAUGAAGAUGACCUCUCGGUCGUGCCAACAACGUCUGGCAGCAUUCAUCCUCAAACAGUCAGGUCGUCCUCGUCAUCAUCUUCCCAGCAUGCCUCUACCUCAGAGCUCAAUGAUGCCCCAGGGCCCUCCACUAGCUGCCCAGGCUCAAUACCAGACAGUAUGCACACACCGAGGCCAAGUGGCUCGAAUCGAGCAGCCGCAGAGGCAGAUGAAAGCAGACCAGGUUUGUCAGGUUCAGCGGGAGAGAAUGCAGGCACCGCCAUGCCUAGGCUGCCUUCAUGCUGUCAGCAGCACUCCCCAUGUGGAAGGCCCUCCCCUGGUCAUCUGUCCCUCAGCCACUCCCAUUCAAGUUGCAUGCAGGCCUCGUCGUCUCAGACCAACGGGUCCCAGCACAGUCACAGCAAUGCGCACCAUUUUGUGCUCCACGUCCAUCACCCGACACCGCAACCCCCGGGCACACUGCCUUUUCAGGAGCCUAGCUGUGCUGUGGAAAGACCGAGUGCACUGCCUGCACCCUGUGCUGGAGUCAGCAGCAGCAGUGGUGGUGGCGGCAACAACAGCACAGCUCACUACCACGACCAGCAAACGCUGCCAGUGGACCUGAGCAACAGUAGUGUUCGAAGCGGCGGGGCAAGUUUCCACGGUAGCACCUCUGCCUUUGACCCCUGCUGUCCAGGCUCCACCUCACGACCUCCUGCUUACGUUUCCCAAGCCACCCCUGGACCCAGCCAACCCGCUGCAGUGGACUCUUUCACCUCCACCAUGGUGGCGCAACCUCAAACACAGCUUCAGCAGCACUGUAGACAUUACAUGCACCCUUCUUAUGGCUCUCUGGCACGGUCGUUGCAUCAUCAGCCCUCUACUGCCUGCCCUCAUUCCCACGGGAACCCCCAACUUACACCCCAGCCCCCUCCACAAGGCGAUUAUGUUCUUCCCCAUAAUAUCCACUCCUUUCAUCCACCGCUGCCAUCUCACCCGUCAGGCCACACUGUGCCCACUGCCCCUCCUCUACCUGCCCACCACCUCUCCAGCUCAAGUGCCCCACUGGCCCAGCACUUGCCGACAGACCACCAGGCCCUGCCGCACCAUAUGCCCGCACUGGGAUCAGUUCAGCGGCUCCAUCAGCACGACAUGUUGCAGAGGAUGGAGGUCCAGAGACGCAGAAUGAUGCAGCAUCCGACACGAGCACACGAGCGUCCUCCUCCUCAUCCUCACAGAAUGCACCCAAACUAUGGUCAUGGACACCAUAUCCAUGUACCGCAGACUAUGUCUUCCCACCCUCGUCAGCCAGAGCAAAGAACAGCAUGGGAGCUCGGCAUCGAGGCUGGAGUGACCGUAGCGUCUUACCCUUCAGGGCACCUGCACUCCCACCUGCACCACUACCACCCCACUUCCAGACUGCACCACUUCCCCAUCCCCUUCAUGCACACUGGCAUAUCUGAAGUCACUUACCCACACAUUCGCUACAUCUCAUCUAGAAUGACCGGCUUUGGAAGAACAUAUGAGGACCUGCUGCAUUUAGAGGAACGACUGGGGACUGUAAACCGAGGAGCCUCUCAGGGAACCAUAGAGAGGUGCACUUACCCACACAAAUACAAAAAGAAGGUGUUGGAGAGAGACAUUGACCAACAGUUAACCCCUGAAGCUUGGGCAUCUAUUGGAAAAAAUAUGCACGCAACCCCUGAAUCGAGAAAGCUGCAUGGCAAGCAGGAUGAAGACGAGGGGGCGGAUGAAGACACUGAGGAGAAAUGUACCAUCUGUCUGUCCAUACUGGAGGAAGGGGAGGACGUCAGGCGCCUGCCAUGCAUGCACCUCUUCCACCAGCUGUGUGUGGACCAGUGGCUGCUCACCAACAAGAAGUGCCCCAUCUGCAGAGUGGACAUUGAGGCGCAGCUGUCUGCUGAGAGUUGAUGCUGUUUUUUUUUCUUUUUUCCUUCCUUUCUAACAACACUUUUGUCUUCUUUUGAGCUCAUGUUCAUUUCCUCCUCCUAUGAGUACUGCAGUCAACCAAAGAAGGCAUGAAUGACCUGCGCAGCUCUACUACUUGGACGUUAAGACAACAGUGCCAGCUAUCACUUAUUAUUAUUAUUAUUAUUAUAUUUACAACAGCUACACAUCUCCAUUAAGGGUUUAUUAUUAAGAGUUUAUGUAUUUAUAAAGCUUUUAUGUAGCUGUUGGAUUGUUUCUUCAAGUGUCAUUUAUGUUCUGCAUGUUUCCUUGCAAUGCAUUUCUUUGCACAUCUAACACAGGCUUAAGGCGGCCUAAAAGGUGAGGAUAACUGCUCUAGUAAAGACGCCCAAUGCCUCGCUUUACUAGAAUAGAAUGUCAAAGCAUCACAAAACAUUGCAGAGUUCAUUUUUACCAAUCAUUGUAUUGAUUAGUUUAUGGUUAGAAGAUGUGGAUUGUUAGUGAAAGAUGUUUUUUUUAUGAGAAGAAUCAUUCCUAGACAUUCCUAACUAGGGACAAAUAUGAUAACAGAUGAGCUGCUGUAUUAGUAUACACACACAUACACACACUCAGUAUUUUCUAAACAGGCGCUGUUGCCUAUGACACACACAGUAGUCUCAUCCAUGUUGGAGAACGUCACACAGCCCAAAAAGAGGAGGCCUUGUGAUCCAUAGAUGAUAUACAAAGUUCAUUCAUUCAUUCAUUGCCUGUUUGUGCAUUCAAAUCUCAGCCCCCCCCCCCCUUCCAGACCCCUCCUUUCAGUCUCAACUGUGGAAGCACUACACUACAAAAGUGUUUACUAACUCACUGGCAUGGACUUGCACACGAGAGAGAAAAUGCUAGAAUAGUUGUGACGACGAUGACAGUGUGCAGAGGCCAUGUAUUUCCACUCUGAAUAUGAAAUAAAGUAAAUAAUAAAAACAUAUUUUCAAUGGAGUGACGAAAUGCAGUACUUCUAUGAAUUAAUGCAGGUAUACAUAUAUGCAUUCAUCACGCAUACACUUCAAAGGCACCCGGAUCACAUUCUGUGGGAUUUAUAUUAGUUUUAAAAAAAAGAAUAAACU